AUGGCUACAAUUGAGAAUAAGGAUUAUUUGAAAAAAUCGAGACCUAUGAAGGCCCCGGCUAACAAAAAGAGUAAAGACAAGUAUUGUCGAUUCCAUCGAGAUCAUGGACAUGACACAGAGGAGUGCCAUCAGUUGAAAGAAGAGAUUCAGGAGCUCAUCAAUCGGGGUUUCCUAAGAAGGUUCAUGACUAAGGAUACUGAGCCACAAAAGGGUGAACGUCAGAGAUCAAGGAGCCCCCCUCGUAGACGUGGUAGAUCCCAAGAAAGGUGUAGGACUAGAACCCCACCCAGGAGAGAGAGUCGUCAGGGGGAGGGGAGUCCUCCACAACAUUUAAUUUUUCAUACUCUAGCGACUAGGGUAAUGCCAGGAAAGGAGUCGGGGGAAAUUUCUAAUCUGCAUCGAAACGCGGGAGUCAAGAGGGCUCGACUAGGGGAUGUUAUCUCCUUUAUAGAUGACGACUUGCCUGGGUAUCCGAUUUCUAAUGAUCCACUGGUCAUCACAACAAAAUUGGAAAAAGCUUUAGUGGAUCCUCGUGGACCUAGGGAGCUCUUAUGA